AGGAGCAGCCAACAUUUCCCUAUCUACACAAACUGCCGGUACAGCCACAAUAAUAUCAAAAUGAGCUCCCCCAAGGAAUUCCGUCUUUUCUGCCUGGAGAAUCCUCUUUUGGACAUCCAAGCCGUUGGAAACGAGGCACUCCUGAAUAAGUACGGCCUCAAGGCUAACGAUGCCAUCCUGGCCGAGCCUAAACACGCCGGCAUCUUCGAGGAGCUGCUCAGCGACUACGAUGCCAAACUGAUCCCCGGCGGCGCCGCCCAGAACACGGCCCGUGGCGCCCAGUACAUGCUGCCGCCCAACAGCGUCGUCUACUCGGGUGGCGUGGGCGACGACAAGUACGCCGCCAUCCUGCGCGAUGCUGUCCAGAAGGUCGGCCUCAGGGUCGAGUACCGCGUUGACCCCAAGGAGACCACCGGCCGCUGCGCCGUCGUCAUCACCGGCCACAACCGCUCCAUGUGCACCGAGCUGGGUGCUGCCAACCACUACGAGGUGGAGUUCCUCAAGAAGCCCGAGGUGUGGGAGCUGGUCAAGGGCGCUGAGGUGUACUACAUUGGUGGUUACCACUUCACCGUCUGCCCUCCCGCCAUCAUGGAGCUGGCCAAGGAGGCUGCCGCCAACAACAAGACCUUCAUCUUGUCGCUCUCGGCCCCCUUUAUCCCCCAGUUCUUCAAGGACCCCCUUGACGCCGCUCUCCCCUACUGCGACUACGUCAUCGGCAACGAGACCGAGGCCGCCGCCUUUGCUGAGUCGCAUGACAUGGCCGACAAGAAGGACGACGUCCGCGCCAUCGCCAAGGCCAUUGCCAACCUGCCCAAGGAGAACUCGCAGCGCAAGCGCGUCGCCAUUAUCACCCAGGGCACCCUCCCCACCAUCGUUGCCGUCCAGGGUGAGGACGAGGUCAAGGAGUACCCCGUGCACGAGAUCGCCAAGGAGCAGAUCAACGACACCAACGGUGCCGGCGACGCCUUUGCCGCUGGUCUCUGCGCCGGUGUUGUCGAGAACAAGGCUCUGGAUGAGUGUAUCGACAGGGGCCAGUGGCUCGCCAGCCUUAGCAUCCAGGAGCUGGGUCCUUCAUACCCGUUCCCCAAGCAGACCUACCAGCCCAAGUCUGCCUAA